GGACACUGAAGAAGCAGAGACAGGUCAGGGCAGUGAUAAAAUUUCAUGGAAUGUGGAACUCGUUGAGCCAACUCGCAUACAGCACACGGUGUAUAUUUCUCCAAGAAUGCUACACGCUGCUCGAUAUGCAGGAGGUAUUCUGAAUGCUGGCAUGGCCAAAGUUGUUCGUCAUGCUGGGAAGAUUGUGGCUCACAACAUCAAGGCUGACAUCAAAGACAGGAUUGCACCUUUUACGAAUCAAAGCCUGGAUGGAUUGUUGAAAACUCGUCUUGGUCAAGCUAUGCGGGUGAAUCCAGAAAGUAGGAAAGUCAAACUCUACAAACUUUCACUUGGGGCACUGCAAUCUGUAGACGAAUUGUCACGAAAACAAUUGACAGUCCAGGUUUCGAGACAGCUUCACAUUGAUCAGGCAAUGGCAUAUGCUGUUGAGAAAAAAAGUGAGAUGGUCAGCGACUGGAUCCAGCAUCCUCCAUUUUUUGUCAGGCAGUUCAUGAAGGCCCAUGUGUUCCCAGUCUUGUACCAAACUAUGAAAACAGGAACACAUGUAUUUUCCACUCCGAUUCCUGUUGUCAUGUCUGGCUUUAAUGUAAGUAUUACCGUUGAUGAUUACGUAUUUUGUUUUAUUCUUUUUAUGCACAUGUUGAAAGGGGUGAUGUCUUCAUUACUGUUCUUUAUCUAACAGUCUUUACAAUA